AUGACACACACGCAAACGAGUGCUCAAUCUCGUCUGUUCAUCAAAGGCGGUCGUAUUGUCAAUGAUGAUCAGUCUAUAGAUGCUGACAUUUACAUUGAAGAUGGAAUCAUUAAGCAAAUUGGUAACAACCUUGUCAUUCCGGGAGGUUCAAGAACCAUCGAUGCAAGGAACAUGCUUGUCAUUCCAGGUGGUAUUGACACCCAUACUCACAUGCAAUUACCCUUCAUGGGUACUCAAGCUGUUGAUGACUUCUACAGCGGCACCAAAGCUGCUCUCGCUGGAGGAACCACUAUGAUCAUGGACUUUGUCCUAGAUCCUCGUGGACACUCCUUGCUUGAUGCUUAUGACAAGUGGAGAGAUUGGGCAGAUGCUAAAGUGUGCUGUGACUAUGGCUUACAUGUUGGAGUCACUUGGUGGAGCCCACAUGUUGCUAAAGAAAUGGAAAUCCUUGUCAAAGAUAGAGAUGUCUUCAUGCUGAGAGAUAAUGAGCUGUAUGAAUCCUUCAAGGCAUGUAAAGAACUUGGUUCCUUGGCAAUGGUUCAUGCAGAGAAUGGUAGCAUUAUCGCUGAGGUGGAGGCGGAAGCUACCCACCGAGCAAUCACAAUUGCCGACCAAGCUGGGUGUCCUCUUUAUGUUGUACAUGUCAUGAGCAAGUCUGCUGCCAACUUUGUUACACAAGCUCGUAGACAAGGUCAAAUUGUGUUUGGUGAACCAAUUGCAGCAAGCUUAGGAACUGAUGGUACUCAUUAUUGGAAUAAAUGCUGGCGUCAUGCUGCAGGUCAUGUUAUGAGCCCACCCCUGCGUCCUGACCCUACUACUCCUGGUUAUCUGAUGGAUCUUUUAGCUAACAAUGACCUUCAGUGUACAGGAACAGACAAUUGUACCUUCAAUGCUGAACAGAAGGCUUUGGGUAAAGAUGAUUUCCGACGGAUACCAAAUGGAGUCAAUGGGGUCGAGGACAGAAUGUCUGUGAUCUGGGAGAAAGGAGUGGCUAUGCUUCCCAAGAAAGUUGAACGUGAGCCCUACACUGGAAAUGUGGUUGAAAUGAAGGAACCUGAAGAGUUUGACACACGGAAGUCUGACAAUCCUAUCCUUCCUGAGCACCCAGAAUUUCAUGCAAGGCCACCUACACGCAGUGGGGCACGUAACCAGCAAGAUUCUAGUUUUACAUUGAGUGGUGCUCAGUUUGAUGAUGAUCGCCCCAGACGUUCUCAUACCAGAGUCGUUAACCCGCCCGAUCAAACAUAUUUCAUUGUUCACAAAUCCUUUUAUAAUAUCACAACUUUUUCCUCUCUAUCUCGUGUUUUCUCAUACUUGGAUGUCAACAACUGA